GCCACUGGCAUUUCGCUCUGCGAAAAAAUCGCGAGGCAGCGUGCCGAGCUGAGCAGGGAAAGGCGGCAGUGCCCGAGCGUGGGCAUCCCUCCCUCGUCCCCCGUAGCUGCGGCCGCUCCGUAGGAAGGAGAGCAAUGGAGAGGGCGGUGCCGGUGCGGAAGCCACACACCUCGACGGCCGACCUGCUCACCUGGUCGGCCACGGGCCGCGACGCGGCCGCCUCGCCGGCCGCAUCCUCCCGCCCCAGCCUCAAGCCGGCCGCGGGGAUCACGCCGGCGAUGUUUGGCGCGCCGGUGAGCGAGCAGGAGGCCGAGGAUCUGAGCAAGAGUGAAAGGAAAUUUUGCUCAGGCUCGAAGUUGAAAGAAAUGACUGGGAGUGGGAUUUUUGCUGCACAGAGUGAAAAUGGUGAUUCAGAGGCUUCAAAUCCUGCUAACAAAACUUCCGUGAGGAUGUACCAGCAAACUGUGACUGGAAUAAGCCAGAUCUCAUUUAGUGCUGAUGGAAGUGUUUCUCCGAAGAAGCCAUCCUCGUUACCUGAGGUCGCUAAGCAGCGAGAGCUGAGUGGUACACUGGAAGAUGCUGAUGCUAAAAUCAAUAAGCAGCUUUCUGAAGCCAAGACCAAGGAGCUUACCGGGAGUGACAUCUUUGGCCCGCCUCCUGAGAUUCCUGCAAGGCCAUUGGCUGCUCGUAAUAUGGCGCUACAAGGAAAUGUGGAUUUUUCACUUCCACAGCCAACAAGCGUCCACACAUCAGUUAAAGUAUCCAAUCCUGCCGGAGGUCCAAGCAAUAUAUCUUUCAGCGAAGAGCCAGUAGUGAAGACAGCGAAGAAAAUUCACAACCAGAAGUUCCAAGAGCUGACAGGCAAUAACAUCUUCAAGGAGGAUGCCCCUGCCUCAGCCGAGAAGUCUCUGAGCUCGGCGAAGCUGAAGGAGAUGAGCGGCAGUGACAUCUUCGCGGAUGGACAGGCGGCUUCCCGAGACUACCUUGGCGGUGUCCGGAAGCCCCCGGGUGGCGAGAGCAGCAUCGCGCUGAUCUAAUUAUCGUAGACUGUUCUAAUUGGGACUGGCUAGUUCUUGACCUCCCAGUUCUUGAAUCGUGCUUGAGGACCUUAAUUUAUGUUGGAUAUCUUUAGUCUAAUAUAAUGUAGAGUCAGCAGAAUCUGACUCGGCUCAUAUCUGAUGUACUUGUGCGUGAUCUCAUCUCUGCUUUGUGCUACUUAUAUGUAUCCGAACUAAGAACUUGUGCAAUAAGUUUUUUGGACUCAUUUC